GAGGGGUCAGCUGACUUGCUUGGGCUUGGCACGUGACUCGCGUCGGUAGGUGCUAGGGCUGAGGGAGCCCGAGAGCGGGGAGAUGGAGAGCUGAGCUGCCAAGUCCUCCCGGGUUUCCCGCCUCCGUCGUCUUUUUUUUUUUUAUCUUGCCAGCGCCUCCGUAUCAAUCUUAUUUUUGGAAAAAUUCCUUGAUAAGCAUGAGUGAGUUCUGGCUUAUAUCAGCCCCUGGGGAGAAAACAUGCCAGCAGACAUGGGAGAAAUUACAUGCAGCAACAACCAAAAGUAAUAAUCUUUCUAUUAAUUCAAAGUUCAACAUUCCUGACUUAAAGGUUGGCACACUGGAUGUUUUAGUUGGAUUAUCAGAUGAAUUAGCCAAACUGGAUUCAUUUGUGGAGGGAGUUGUUAAGAAAGUGGCCCAAUAUAUGUCUGAUGUACUAGAAGAUAGUAGAGAUAAAGUUCAAGAAAACCUGUUGGCCAAUGGAGUUGACUUGGUUACAUACAUAACAAGGUUCCAGUGGGAUAUGGCCAAGUAUCCGAUCAAGCAGUCACUGAAAAAUAUUUCUGAAAUAAUUGCCAAGGGAGUAAAUCAAAUUGAUAAUGACUUGAAAGCCCGAGCAUCUGCAUAUAAUAAUCUGAAAGGCAGUCUUCAGAAUUUGGAAAGAAAGAAUGCGGGAAGUUUAUUAACUAGAAGCCUAGCAGAAAUCGUAAAGAAAGAUGACUUUGUCCUUGAUUCAGAAUAUCUCAUCACAUUAUUGGUGGUAGUUCCAAAGUUAAACCACAAUGACUGGGUAAAGCAGUAUGAAACAUUGGCUGAGAUGGUAGUCCCAAGGUCUAGCAAAGUUCUUUCAGAGGACCAAGAUAGUUACCUGUGCAAUGUUACCUUGUUUAGAAAGGCAGUGGAUGACUUCAGACACAAAGCCAGAGAAAACAAGUUCAUUGUUCGUGAUUUUCAGUAUAAUGAAGAGGAAAUGAAAGCAGACAAAGAGGAGAUGACCAGGCUCUCUACCGACAAGAAAAAGCAGUUUGGACCACUAGUUCGGUGGCUGAAAGUGAAUUUCAGUGAAGCUUUUAUAGCAUGGAUUCAUGUGAAAGCAUUACGAGUUUUUGUUGAGUCCGUUUUAAGAUAUGGAUUGCCAGUGAACUUCCAAGCAAUGCUACUUCAACCUAACAAGAAAACCAUGAAGAAACUGAGGGAAGUAUUGUAUGAUUUAUACAAACACCUGGACAGUAGUGCGGCAGCUAUUAUUGAUGCUCCCAUGGAUAUUCCAGGCUUAAAUCUCAGUCAACAGGAAUAUUAUCCCUAUGUGUACUACAAGAUCGAUUGCAAUCUAUUGGAAUUCAAGUAAAAAUGGUCCCCAAUACUGACAAUCCUACCCUAGUGUUGGUGUAUAUGAACAGAAAUGAGGUUGAAGUAUGCCUAUACUUUUAACUCUCUAUUAAUCCAAUGCUUGCUUCUUAUUCCCUUUCCUUCGGUGAAUUUUCCCAUAGUGGUCCAUCUCUUGAUAUUUUCUUUUCAAAGAAGAAUAUAUGUAUUGUUGCUUUUUAUUGAUCAGGUCUGUAAAUGUGUACUGAAAAAAUCAGAGUUUAUUUAUAAAAAGAUUAGUAUAUUUAAAAAAAGUUUUUUCUUCAUUGUUGUAGUGGUAUGCUUUCAGUAAACUCAUUACUAUUGUUCACAAAGACCUUGUUUAUGUGGAAAAAGUGUAAACAUUUGUACCAUUUUGUUCCCUGUAUUUAGUAGCUGUAACUGUUAAAUGGUUAUUGAAUUGUGAUGUUAAAAAAAAGUGACAAUAUUCAGGUAUGUGUUUUCUGAAUAUUUCCAACAACAAUCUGUGAGCACUGUCAACACCCACAGGAGAGAAUAAAAUUACCUGUGCAAAGGUGUGUGGUGGUGUGUAUAACUUCUCCAAACAUUGGUCGGAGAGUUCAGUAACUAAGAUCACUGCUGACUAGCUGCUGCUGUACCACUUUGAGGUGUUUGUUACAUGCUGCAGGGGGCAAGCUGCCUUCUAUUCAGUUUGUGUUUGCUUUCCACAGAUUAUCUUACUGUGCCAAAUUUGCCUCAUAACACACAAUGUGAUGUUGGAGUUCAUUUUUCAAAACAUAUGGGUGUUUAUAUCUGGUCACCAGACUUUUGGUAUUCUUAAAUGAUUGAGAACUAGGUCUAAUUUUGAAUAAAGUCCAGCAAAACUAUGCACCUUCA